AUGUCUAUUAAUACUGAAAUUAUAAUCAAUGCUCCUAUAGAACGAGUUACAAAAACGUUCUUUGAUUUUCCAAAUCAUAAGAAUUGGAAUCCGUUUUUCAAUUCAAUUGAAGUAUUAGACGGCAAAUCUUUACAAGUUGGAUCUCAAUUGAAGGUUGAAAUACAACUUCCAAACCGACUGCCGCAAACAUUUAAACCGUAUGUAACGGAACUCACCGCACAGUCUUUGAAAUGGAAAGGAACUUUACUUUUCGAAUUUAUCGCAUCAGGUGUGCAUUCAUUUCAAUUUAUUCCCUUAACAAUUGAUAAUAAACAAGUCACAAAAGUAAUUCAAAGUGAACAAUUUAUUGGUAUAUUUUUCGCUUUAGCUACGGGGAUUAUUAAAGAGAGUGAAAGUCAAUUCAAGAAAUUAAAUGAAGCCUUGAAAAGAGAAGUUGAAGAAUGA